AUGAUCAGCGGGCCAAAUUGAGCGCUAGAACCUUCUUGUCCUAAACGCUUUCACCAUAUAAAUACGGCCCACUUCGGCCUGGACCAACUGAAACUUGUGUUCGUUCGACUCGUGGCAUUUUCAGUUUCUCAUCCUUUCUAGCGAGAUCGUCAUCCAGAAAAGGUCUGCAAAUUUGAACUUGUUUUUUAUCCCAAUUUACCAUUCCUUGCUAUGUUUGGUUCCCGAGAAAAACAAAUCUGAAUCGGCGACAAGAUCGAUCGUAUUUCUUCGUCAUGGGAAAAUCAUAUCCGGCUGUGAGCGAGGAAUACCAGAAGGCGGUAGAGAAAUGCAAGCGGAAGCUCCGAGGACUCAUCGCUGAGAAGCACUGUGCUCCUAUAAUUCUAAGAUUGGCAUGGCACUCAGCUGGAACCUUCGACGUGAAGACGAAGACAGGAGGACCGUUUGGAACCAUCAGGCACCCAGCGGAGCUGGCUCACGAAGCCAACAAUGGCCUUGAUAUUGCGGUCAGGCUCUUGGAACCCAUUAAGGAACAGUUUCCCAUUUUAUCUUAUGCAGACUUCUACCAGUUGGCUGGAGUUGUUGCCGUAGAAGUUACUGGAGGUCCUGAGAUUCCUUUCCACCCAGGAAGACCGGACAAACACGAACCACCACCUGAAGGUCGGUUGCCUAAUGCCACUAAAGGUUCGGACCAUUUGAGGGAUGUUUUUGGCCACAUGGGUCUAAGUGACAAGGAUAUUGUUGCCUUAUCUGGUGGUCAUACGCUGGGAAGGUGCCACAAGGAGCGAUCUGGAUUUGAGGGACCCUGGACAACCAACCCUCUAAUCUUUGAUAAUUCCUAUUUCAAGGAACUUCUUAGUGGAGAGAAAGAAGGUCUUCUCCAGCUGCCAUCAGACAAGGCUUUACUGGAGGACCCAGUCUUUCGUCCCUUGGUUGAAAAAUAUGCUGCGGAUGAGGAUGCGUUCUUCGCUGAUUAUGCUGAAGCUCAUUUGAAGCUUUCAGAGCUUGGCUUUGCGGAUGUGGAGUAAAGAAAUUGGAAACAAGGCUGGUCAAGGCUCUUGCCUGGUGUUUGGUGUUAUGUGUAGUCUAUUCCUCCCGUUUGGUAUCUUAAACUAGAUAGUAUUGUCUGAGAGCUUGUAUCGGUAGCUUUUGCUUUUCUGUUUAUGUUCAUUGAGCUUGUUUCGUGUUGAAUUUGGUGUAAUACUUGAUGACAACGGGUUAUUCAAAGUUGUGCAGUUUGCAUAUCUGUGUUGCAGAACCUGCUCACUUCCUGAGGGGCCGACUUGUAAUUAGAUAUAAAAGCACGUUCAUAUAUCUUAGCUUGGUUUUCCGGAAUGAAAUAGUAUGCCUUCUGGUUUGUGUUCA